GAUGUGAUCAUGUACUCAUGCGGGUCUUGAUAUUGCCUCUAGGCCAUAAUUAAAAUAGUUGUUACUAACAAUUAUGCUCCAUCUACUGUUUUCGUUCUAAAAAUAAUAAUGGCAGAGGAAAAAACUGCAAAAGAUUUCAGCAAAUACCUUGAAGUGGACUUGGAUCAUAAGCUGAAACCAAUAACCGCUUCCAUCGAUGAUAUGCUGACCCGACUUGAGGAGUUUCAGACUAUGAUUUCAUUCGUUGUUCAAGACCGAAUUGAUUAUAAUGAUAUUUUAACCGCUAUUCCGAAUUACAAAAAUGAAUUCGAUAAUAUGUGCAAGAAAAUCGACACUUUGGAGAAGUUGAUGGCUCAUAUCAAAUCCAAUUUGGAUCAGUUGGAAUGUGGAAUCGAAAAAGCAGAAGAUGAACUUGGAUGCAGCGAAACCACUAUGAAAGUUACCAAUAUCUUCACACCCCUUUUUAGAAAACAGUCGGGGAAGAAAGAGUUUCGCUUCCAAUCGGAUAACUUCAAAACUGAAAAUUAUUUUCAUUGAAAGUUAACCAUAUUUUCAUCAAUCAGGAUCAGAAAGUAAAAUAUAUUUUUAUACUACUUUUAUUUAUAUACUGCAUUGAGGAUGUUUACAUUCAUCACCUACCUCAAACUGGAAGGAAAACUGACAAUGUACGUAAUAUUGAACUCAACAUAUUCCACAAAUGUAAAUAAAUGGUAUUACUCUUCAACAAUAUUUUACAUUUUUUUCAAUGGAUGUUGGAAAGUUAUAGACGUUUUAUGAUACAAUAAACUAUUAUCAUGGU